CCAACCAGUAGCUUCCAAAUACGGGCAUUUGGAAAGACAGUGACAUUAGAUCUGAAGCAGAACACUGAGCUGAUUCCUGCUUCGUUUAAAGUCUUCACAUUCAAUUCAAUCGAUGAGAGUCCUGUGAUUACUCGUGGAGCAGUCAACUGUUAUUACCAUGGGACAGUGCGUGGCUUGCAGGACGUCAGUCAUGCUCAGUCCACCCUUCACAAACACAGGAAACGGCAGCAAAGUAGUACUGAUGCCAGUGAAGAGAGCAGCGCCGCUGUGAUAUCUACAUACGCCGCUGUGAGCACAUGCAAUGGUUUGAGUGGAUCAUUUGGUUUUGAACAGUAUGCUCGCAAUGGAGAUGAGGAUCCAGCCCCAGCUAGCAGCAGCAACAGCAGUAGCAAUGAGCAAGGUAAAGCGUACUCUGAAAGAUAUAUGAUUGAACCACUGUUCAGCCAGACAUCUAAACCUGGUACGUAUCCACACGCCAUCUUCAAAGAAUCCACAUACAAGAUGAGCAAAGAAGAUCCGUUGAAAGGAGGAUGUGCGACACACUGGAAUAUAUCGGCUACAAAGAACACCAGCAGAGGAACUGCAGGUGAGAAGCAGCGGUGGGAUUUUCCUGUUGACGGGUUGGCUGGUUUAGCUUCAGCAGCACGCAAACGUGUGAAGAGGAGUAGCAGUACAGGAGGAGGACGAGAUCCAACAUUGUAUGUGGAACUUGCUGUGGCUUCUGAUUACUCAUAUACUAAAGCAAAUGGUGGUCUUAGUCAAGAUGGCUCCAAAAACCUUGUUGCAUCAACGCUGAAGCUUGUAAACCAGGUCGAUGGUCUUUUCCAGGAGCUUAAUGUCCGUAUUGUCCUUGUAACUAUCUUCAUAUUUACUCAGUCACCUGGUCCUUUGAAUUUGGAUGGAGAUACAGGGACUAACAAUUUCCUUAAAGUGCAUGAAUUUUCAGCACAACACCUCCAGCCAAUUGUUCACUAUGACAUGAUUCAUUUUUUCAGCGCUCAGCAGCUGACAUCUCCUGGAAUUGCCCAGCAACCUUCUCCCGGUUAUAUUUGCCCAGGAGUGCACAACGGCUACGACCUUGUUGGUUUGGAAGGAGUGGGAAAGGGUGCUAUAAACCAAUACUUGCUUACGCACGAAAUUGGCCACAAUUUGGGAUUUCAACAUGUUUUGCUGCCGUGCGCUUGUAACAAGCCUGGCUGUAGAACUAGCAUUAUGUCUCCAGGUUCCGGUACAGCAUGGUCAAACUGUACAAUCGCUUGGUUUAACCAACAGCGAUCAGAUCCAAGCAGGAAGUGUUUUCUGAACAAGCCCGCACCAGCGCUCUCCAAAGUGGUGUGUGGAAAUGGCAUUGUGGAGCCAGGCGAAGACUGCGAUUGUGGCCUGCGCCAGUACUGCAAGGAUGCCUGCUGCAACGCGACAACAUGCCGUUACACACCCGGUUCCCAGUGUAGUCUAGGUGAAUGCUGUAGUAACUGUACUAUUCUGCCAGCUGGCACACUCUGCAGGCCGGCCAAAGACCAAUGCGACCUGCCAGACUACUGUGAUGGAAGACAAGAAAGGUGUUCAGCAGAUGAUUUCACACAGUCCGGGCUAUACUGUGAGGCAGCAGGUCAGCCUGGCACUUGCCAGCAGGGCUCGUGCACGAACAUUGAUGCGCAAUGCCAGAAAACGUUCUUCUCUAGAGCUGUUCUCUCCGCAAGCUGCUUCGCCAGGUUCAAUGUACAUGGCUUGGGCGGUCACAACUGUGGUUUCAAUAGCAGAAAGGAACCUAUUCCUUGCAAGCCAGAGAAUGCUUGGUGUGGUACUCUCGUGUGCGGCAUUGAAAAAAGGUGCUUGACAAAGCGACCUGGUGAAGGUGGGGCUCGCACGUUGUACGUGGAUAAUGGCAGCCCGUGUGGCAUUGGUUUAGCCUGCUGGAACAAGGAAUGUGUGAACACCUCCAUACUGCAGUCUGGUGCCUGGAGGUGUCCUCAAGCUAAUGGACUCGGCUGCUCUGGUAAUGGCGUAUGCACACACAAGAACGUGUGUCGCUGUGAAAUUGGCUGGCAAGGCACUAACUGCAAUCGUCAAGCCGGUACACUAGACGCAGGCCUAUCAGGUGGCUGGAGGUGUCCUCAAGCUAAUGGACUCGGCUGCUCUGGUAAUGGCGUAUGCACACACAAGAACGUGUGUCGCUGUGAAAUUGGCUGGCAAGGCACUAACUGCAAUCGUCAAGCCGGUACACUAGACGCAGGCCUAUCAGGUGGCUGGAGGUGUCCUCAAGCUAAUGGACUCGGCUGCUCUGGUAAUGGCGUAUGCACACACAAGAACGUGUGUCGCUGUGAAAUUGGCUGGCAAGGCACUAACUGCAAUCGUCAAGCCGGUACACUAGACGCAGGCCUAUCAGGUGGCAGUAUUGCUGGACUUGUUAUCGGUCUGAUACUCGCAUCACUGUUGUGUGCCGCCUUUAUUGCACUUUAUCUCAAGCGGAAGCGAAAUGUGGCCAUCGCUCGAGCAAUACCACGACCUUCACACCACCGUCAUCUACGCGUUGCCUCCGAAGAGAGAACCAGAGAUCAACCAGGCGCUACAGACGGUCAUGGUGAAGAGCGCAUGGGGAAAUCAGUGACCUCUGCAGAUCCGGGUAUACCUGACUCUGGGCCAAACAUCAUCGGCCAGGCACCUGGUCGACCAAGUCAACCACCAACCAGGCCUGCUCGGCCAUCUGCACCCGCUGCAUAUACAAAUGACUAUGCAAGUUAGCCCAUCUACACCCCCUGCAUAUACAAAUGACUAUGCAAGUUAGCCCAUCUACACCCCCUGCACAUUUUAAAGUACAAACACAUGUGAAGGUUUUGUAACAAACUCUCACCUUUUUCUUCUCUGACCUCCUUAAGGCCUUCAUGCAUUAUCCCCUGUACACUUUACACCUGGAUUAAUUUUUACUCGGUUUUAACAAUCCGUGACACAGAUAUUCUUUAGGUGUUUUGAAAUCACUUUUUUGUGCCAGUCGGUCCCGUGAUUAUGUGGUACCAGGUAUGCGCAUUAUGAUUAGGCCUAAUUAUGAUGCAGUAACGUUAGCGAAUUGGUGUCACGUAUAGGGGUGAACGUUGACACUGAAAUCCCGAGUUCGAGUACUCUGAUUUUCUCCGAUCGAAUAUUCGAGUAUUCGAGUAUUCUUCAUCUCCUAAACAGUGCACACCAAGGGCCUUAAGAUCACAUUAUACAACCUUGGUUGAAUCGAUUGAUGAUCUCUUUUUUCAGGUAUACUGGUUGGUGGGUCAUUUGGGCUCUCUCUAUUCAUGAACAAAGGCUCACCACACAGUCUGCACAUCAAUAUCUACUGACU